AUGGAGACUUCGGAAUCAAGUGCGCUUAGUGCUUGGUAUAUUUCAUCAGAAGCAUCCCAAUGUACGGCCGGCGCUGAGCGCAUUUUCGAGGAAGCUCUAGCGGAAUUUUCUGCAGAGUUCUCAAAAGAUGGAAAGCAGCAGCAGUGGAUCACUGAUUCUAAGUAUGGGAACUUUGAGAGCGUCCUCGCUUCUGUCGAAGAGGCCCGAGUUUACUACGAAGAACGAAAAGGCAAUUCAAGACUUCGUAAAGGAUUAUUGCAUCUCUCGGAGAAAUUAUACAGUUAUAGUAGUAUCAUGGACGUGCUACUCCCACAACAACCGGAAUACUCGACUUUAGCCUACAGUGCUAUGAAGUUUCUUCUUCUCUCAGUCAUAAACCAUCAUAAACUUGUUUCGCAACUCUGUGUUGGGCUCAAUAGCAUCGCACAUGUCAUAUCGCGCGCACAACUCAUCAUACGACUCUACCCAACUCGGCAAAUCAGGCAAGUCAUUGUUGAGAUAUAUGUCAAUAUACUCAAAUUUCUUUUGCGGGCCCUUAGCUGGUACCGAGAGAGUAAAAUGACGCAUAUGCUGCAAUCAAUCACGAUGCCUACUAAGCUGCGAUAUGGUGAUAUUUUGGCAACUAUAUCGUCUCUAUCUGAUACAAUGUCUAAGAUGGCUCUAGACAGCAGUCACGCUGAGCAGCGAGAUAUGCACACAUGUAUUGCUCAAAUGAUGCAUGAGCAAAAGCUGACUCGCGAAAGUAUUACAGAACUAAUAACAGCAGUUUCGGACAUGAAAAUCUCUAUGGUGACUGAACAGGGCAUCAAUGCGUCGGCGAGAAUCGAAUUUCGGCAGAGGCUAUCCGAAGUCCAGCUUAUGCAGCUCUUGAGCCAAUUAUCUGUUGCUGUCCUUCCAGAUCCCAUCAAAGCUUUUCAGUUGCUAUUGUUCGUGUCUAAGAAGCGACAGCCGAAAUCGUCAAUCAAAGGAGAGGCAUUUUGGCUUGAUUCAAGAAUCCAAAAAUGGAAUAAAGACAAAGACUCGUCUCUUGUUAUUAUUAAUGGAACAUGGAAGACACGUUUCCAUCUCCAGAGUUUUUGCGUAAGAUCUAUCGCGAUACUAUUUGAUGCAAAGUGUCCGGUUAUUUGGGCAUUGAAAGCGCUCAACGUUGACAAAACACCUGCCGAUCAAGCACAAGUGUCGACAAUCGACCUACUUAAGUAUAUAAUUUCACAGGCCAUUUCUGUCAACAAAAGUAUCCACACCGAUGCAGCUCUGGUCCCUCAUCUCAAGUCUCAUAUUGACGCAAAGUCAGAAGAAGACUGGAUUAAUAUUCUUGCAGCAGUCCUCCAGGGUAUACCGCGUCUCUAUAUUAUCAUCGAUGUUGAAGUCUUAAGCCAAAAUUUGAGGACAUUGACAGAGGAUUUCUGGCCGGCAUCAUUCCUAAAAAUGUUCUCCGAGCUCUCAGCACGCAAUAUUGGGACAAUUGUCAAAGUAGCUUUAAUCAGCUAUGGCUCACCACUACUUAAAGGCCCGUUCAGAAAGGAUUGUCAGGAUCUCGUUGUGUCGGUUGGUGGGGUGAGACAGACUCGAGCAUCUGUAGCGAGGGCCCGCAAGCAGGGCUCUUCCAUUAUUAGGACCAGAAGAAAUGUUGGGUUACAGGCCAUGUAUAACAGGUAA